GGGGAGCGCGCUGCGGCUUCCAUUUUGUUGGGCUCCUGUGUGGAGAAGGGAGGGAAGGAGAAGAUUUCCGGGUUGUUGAUGAGGAAAAAGUUGGAAGCAGCUUCGGCGCAAGAGAAGCGACCGCUGGAAUCGAGGCGUUAGAGAGGUUGGAGAGUCUGGCGAGCAUCGACCUGCGAUCUUCUUCGCCGUUCGGCUCGCAAUAUUAACCGUGACCACCCCCUUCCCGGAGCUAGAGUAUGUGACCGGGCAGCAAGUGAGCAAGUACAACGUUACAGAAGAUUUUUAAUAGGUGGGAAGGUGGACACUGGGAGGCCUUCCAUGUACUCUAGGAAGUGUUAAGGUUUACGAAUGACCAAGAACACUGUGUGAAAUACAGUAGAGACUAAAGCAGCAGAUAGUGGGAAAAUAUGCCAAUACCUCCGCCACCCCCACCUCCACCUGCUGCACCACCUCCACCCUCAUCCCUUAAUCAGGCAAGUACACCAAAAUUGAGCAAAGAGGAGCACCGUAAUCGAGGGGCACUCUUAUCUGAUAUCACAAAGGGAGCCAAACUUCGAAAAGUGACCAAUGUUAGUGACAGAAGUGCCCCAAAUCUUGAAGGUCUUAAAGGAGGAGGAGGAGGAGGUGGUGGAGGACCUGGUUCUGGGUCAGCAUCUGGUGGUCCAGGUCCAAUGGGUGGUUUGUUUCAGGGUGGAGUCCCUAAGCUUCGGCCUAUUGCGCACAGAGACAAUUCAGAUUCUUCAUCUAGUAAAAUAGCACUAAAUCCACCUGGCUCAAGGUCAGCUGCUCCUCGCCCUCCACCUAGUAGCAACCGCUACAGUGAUGAUUCUGAUUCACAAAGUAAAACCUCUCCACCGGAGCUGCCAAGAGUUCACCGACCUUCAUUACCAGAUCUUACCAGCUCAUCCCGCCCCAGUAGUGCUGGUGGUGUAAGGCAUAGCGCAUCAGCACCGCCACCACCUCCUCCAAUUGGAAGACGUACAAAUCCACCACCACCACCUGUGCAUAGCAGCCGAACUCAUUCCAGUGGACCGUACAACAGAGAAAAACCUUUGCCUCCUACCCCAGGACAAAAGACACCUGGCAAUAGAGAUGGCCCUCCUGCCCCUCCUUCUGUCAAACCUCCACCAUCACCAAUUAAUCCACGGCUCAGUAAUAUUCAGACCCAACCUUUGCCACCCCCUCCUCCACCCUACAGGCAACCUCCCUUUGUGCAUAAUGGCCCUUCUAGUCCUGGGAGCGAGGCUGCCCCGGAAUUGCCACAGAGACACAAUUCAUUAUCGCGAAAGUCAGCCGGACAAUUGCGGGGAGCUGCACCUCCUCCACCAUCUCCAUCACCCUCCCAGAACAGACCACCACCACCUGCCAGGGAUCCUCCAAAUCGAGGAGCAGCUCCCCCACCACCGCCCCCUGCAAUGCGGAAUGGAGCCCGAGAAGCCCCUCCCCCGCUGCCACCCUAUAGGACGCCCUCUUCAGACCCUUCACAUCGAGGCAAGCCACCGCCACCUCCAUUGCGGACUCCUGCACCCCCUCCUCCACCACCACCUUUACGAAAUGGACACAGGGACCCUGUUGGAUCAUCUUCCAAAUCAUUCCUAGAUGACUUUGAAUCAAAAUACUGCUUUCACCCGAUUGAAGAUUUUCCUGCACCAGAGGAGUAUCGGCAUUUCCAAAAAACGUACCCAAGUAAGGUGAACAGAGUUGUUCGAGGGGCACCACCUCUGCCACCCGUUGCAAGGUGAUCUGUCAUCUGGGUUUUGUUAUUUCCUGCAUCCCCUGUUGGAAGACUGAUGCUUUAGCUUCCUUUCUUUUUUGGUGUGCAGCUCAAGAUCCUUAUCUAUUUCACUACAUUGAGGCAAAAUCUCCAGAUCUGCUUAGAGCAUGCAUUCUAAUCUGAGAUUUCCAAGGUUCAUUUUUGACCUUCACAUCUUUCAGCUCCAGCAGUUCUCAUUGCAUUUGGGCUGAGCUAAUGGAACAUUGACUGGAAUGAGAUGAUUAUUUAAGUUGAUGGGUUAUUAGAUGUUUACAGCUACCAACGAUCCAAGAAUGACAUGUUUGAGUUACACUACAAAUCAAAUUGAAACACAUAGAAUAAUUUGUUUUGGUCUUUAUUCAGUGAUUAAACUGAAUCUUUAGCAUUCAUUUAAUUUUAUCCUUGGACUUCUGGUAGAGUGGUAGAGAUAUGGAACACUACUGGGUAAAUAUAGACCAGUUGGUUAAGACUUAAUAUUCCCACACAUUUUAAAAAAUAAAUUUACUUUGAUAUCUAUCUGGUCCUUGCCUUAUACAUGUCAUGCCGUCAGUACCAGAUUUAUUUUUAUGUAUUUACGCUUCACAUACAGGAGCUAUAGUAAUCAUUGUUAUUCUUUCCUUGUAAGUUGUGCAGAAUUUGUGAAUUAGAUAUGGUGGGGUUAAUGGAGGACACUAUUUCCUGGAUGACUGACUGGCUGAUUUUGUUUGCAUAAUCUUUCCAUGGUUAAUGUUUUACCUUCAAAGUGGAGCAGCAUUGCUCAUGAUGUAUUGUGCCUGAGUGCAUCAUUACCCAGGCACAUACUGAGUAUGAAAGGUGUCCAUCUGGACCUCAGUGAUGUUCUGGUGUGUGCUGGGUACGAACACUGAAAUGCACCGUGCAUUUUUUUUGAGAUAUCACUUCUGGCCAAAGCACUUUGAAUUUGGUGGGGUUUUUUGUGUUUGUAAUGUGGCUCUUUCAAGCUGUUCCUGGGAACUUUGUACACUUUUCUCUUACAGAUUUCGUGCAUAGUGCUACAUUACCAGUGAGUCUAAAUCUCUAAUGAUAGGAAAAAUUAUUUCUUCCAUAAGCAAUCUCUUCCACUCCUGCCACCACCACCACCACCCACCUCUCUGCAUUUCAUGGACGUGGUUAAAUUUGAAACUCAGAGAUACUGUGUAAUCUGUAGAACAGUUUGCAUUCUUCAUUUCAGUUGUUAUUCAGAAUUAGAUUCCAAAUCAGAUUUAAUAUCACCUGUUGUGAAAUUUGUUGUUCAAGAUUAUAGCUUGUAUAAAGGAGGUAUAGGAUAUAUAGAACUGUACCAAUUGAUUGUGUUGAUUUAUUUUGUUUAAAUAUUUUAAUCAACAUAUCUUGAGUCAGUUAAUGUUGAUAGGGCAUUGUAUUCCCACUUGACUGAGUCAUUCAGUUUGUUUUAACGAACACUGAUAAUGCUGUAAAAACAAUGCUGAAAUGCCUUGUCUGCAAAUGGCUACUAGUUUAUUGUUUCCAUGGUAAAACUGUGACCCCCCUCCCCCCCAAAAAAAUGCAUAAAGAACAGUCCUGAAAAUUCUACAGUAUUAUAUACAGUAAACAAUGUGUUUAACCUUUGUCUAACUUGUAGGUUAAAAAGUAGAAUUUGAAGUUAACCCCAUUGCCAAUGUAUGCAACAAAACAUUGUUAAUUGGCAUAGCACAAGAGCCAUAUUUUACAUAUAUAUCAUAUAAUUCAUAACUGAGUGCACCUACAUUAAAAAGGAAGAAGAGUCUGCACUGCUACAUUGCUGUAUUCAUUUGAUCAGUGUGGAAACACCUAUUUCACAGGGCUGCUGCACACAACAGUGCUUCUUGAUCCUUCUCAUGAAUAAAACACACCCAAUAGUGUAUUACUCAGCAUCAUUCUGAUGUGCAUGCAGAAAUACUGAACGGAUGUGCAAUUAAAUAAUAAUUUGGCUGUCAUUUUAAAAAAAAAACAGUGUGCACAUGAAACCAGUAGAGAAUCCCUCUGUUUUGCAGUUUUAGUGACAUCAAUUAUUUGGACUGUACAUGGAUCUUGAAAUAUCUGUUUAGAUGAAUGAGGUAUUUUCAUUCCUAUAUGUAACGUUACAUAAACUUCACAAUUGUAAAAUUUCACUGGCAGGUAAUGUGAAAAUAAAGUGUAUAUAUAUAAUGCACUAAAUAUUGUUCCAUUGUGUAUGGGAUGGUUUGUAAGAUUUUGACUCGCUGGUUUGUACAGUAGAUGUACUCAAAUAUACUCAUCAUUAUCCUACAGUUUAGACAUUAUGGCAGGAUAAUUUCUGUACUGUACAAAUGCAUGCAAUUUAAGCUGACGCUCCAUGCCAUUUCUGUCUUGGUAUCAAUGAACACUAUGUGUUAGCAUUUGCUCUGGCUGCAAUUUCAAUAGUGUAGUUUAAAAAAAAAUAAUAGUUUUUGUAUAAUAAUCACAUGAAACAUUAACUCUGGUGACCAUUCCACAGAACAGUCUGUUUCUUGUAAUGUCUUUGUUUCUUGCUGAAAAUCUAGUAUCCAUUUUCAUCACCUAGCGCACAACAGAAAAGGAAAAAGAUAAGUGGGUGCAUUGUACAGAAGGUUCAUUAACAAAUAAUGAGUAGGUUUUGUGAGUUUUAAGAUAACUUAGUUUUGUGGCAAGUAUGGGUUUUGUUAGUGGUCCCAGGUUUCAGUAUACCAGACUGGGACCUGGGAUUUGGAAGACAGUUUUGAAAUGUGCAAUAUUGGCACUGGUGCUGAUGCAUGUACACUGAUAACAGUACCAAUACAUGUAAUACCGUGCCAGUACCCUGUACAUAAUAUCCCAGCUUCAUUAUUGGUACACAUAGCUUCAGUUUCAUUAGUGUAUGUAAUAUGCCAGUCCAGUAUAGGUCCAGUAUUUGUAUGAUUUCUGUUUUUUUUUUCUUUUAUGCUGCAGUUGCCAUGAACAUUGUGCCUUACAGAAUGCACUGGCUUUUCUGUGCUGGUUAGUUUUGCUCUUUUACGUACGCGCACAAAAAUUAAAGGACAGGAGGAUUUUCCCUUUCAUGAAUGUUGCCUGUUUUGAGUCCUGUGAAUAUUGCCAUGUAUCUGUAAUCUGAUGCCACCUGUGGUGGGUUUCCUUGCAAUUCCAAUAGCUUUUCCUUCAAACAUGGUGGGUACUCUGCAUUUGGAUUUUUUUAAAAAACAAAAUUAACCUCAUUAUUAAAUUUUUGUUUAGCUGGAUUAAUUUAUUGUCUUGAUUUUUUUUUCUUUGUGGUAAUGUAAUAGAUUGCCAGUCCCCCUCCUAUGGUUAAUCAGUGCAGGGUAUUGAGAAAGGCUCUAACUUUGGGCCUAGGGUUUGCUGUAGUUCCCCUGCUAUGCAAUUCUUGAUUAUUGAAACAAAACUUUGUAAUCACAGUUCUUUAAAUGGUACAGCAGCCUCUUCUGUGGGAUUGAAAUACAUAAAAGCAAAAAAAGAUGUGAAAUAUGAAGAUUGCAAUAACUAGAGCAUUAAAUUCCCUUGUGUAUUGCUGUAUCAUGCAGGCCAGCUGGACUUGGUUCUCUGUUAAUUAUCAAGAAAAUUGAAAUAAAAAUAAUCACUUUAAUUUUCUUA